AUGUCUUCGACCACUCCGUCAUACUUUAAUUGUCCCUCUGUUGGAAAAUUUCCAGAUCCUGUCUCCUGCACAAUAUUCCAUGUAUGUGUCAAUGCGAUUUUCGGUUUGGUGGAUGUUCCAUAUGAUUGUCCCUCUGGUACUCAGUACGAUAGUGUUAACGCAGAAUGUACAAUUGACCCGGUCCAAUGUCCUGGGGAACCUACGUUAGUCUGCAAAAAAGCUGGAAUUUAUAAGAAUCCUUAUCAUUGCGGUAGGUAUUAUAGGUGCACGUGGCGUUAUAUUAGUAACCGCUAUGAAAUAAAACAAUUCAGAUGUCCAGAUUUUACUGAAUACAGCGAACAAUCGGCUAAAUGCAUCAAGUCUGAAACGUGCCAGCAGAACAACACAGAUUUCAAAUGUGUCCAGGCUGGCAAAUUUCCAGUCCAAGAAAAUUGUAAGGAAUACUUCGAGUGCUCAAAUGGAUUGAAUGGGUUAAUUGAGCAAAGGAAAUCUUGCGAUCUGUACCAACUAUUUGAUAGACAUUUGGGACGAUGUCGUAAUGAAUGUUUGGUCAAGUGCCCAAUAGAUGAUGAUGAAACUGAGAUCGAGGAGGGAAAAGUUUUUAUAAAAGAACUGCUCGAAAUAUGA